CCUCAGGCAAAGGUCGUCUACAUUACCUCCGUCAAGACCGCCAAUGCCGAAGUGCAACGCCUCUGGACUCGCUAUCCGCACUCUGUCGUCGGCUUUGACAUGGAAUGGAAACCAAAUUUCAGCAAAGGAUUGCCUGAGAACCCGGUCGCGGUGGUGCAGAUUGGGUCGGAAGAGAGUAUAUUAAUCGUCCAAAUUAGUGCCAUGUCAGCCUUUCCUCAAACCCUGCUUGAUUUUCUUGCGUCGCCGCAUGUCUUCAAAGCCGGUGUCGGUAUACAAGGCGACUGCAAGAAGCUUUGGAAGGACUACGGAGUGUCUAUCAAUGCUUGUGUUGAUCUAUCGCCUCUCGCACGCUCGUGCGAUCCGCAAUGGAAAGGACCCUAUCGCAAUCCCAUAGGUCUCGCACGUUUGACAGAGAUGUAUCUCGACCGUCGCCUACCCAAGGGUCGCGUUCAGCGCAGUGACUGGUCCCGCGCGCUCUCCUCGCUGCAACUGGAAUAUGCCGCCAACGACGCCAUAUCCGCACUUGCCAUAUAUUACAGGCUCGUCAACCGGCUGAACGUCAUGGAUCCCAUUCCAGAUACGGAAUGCUUUACGUUUGAUGCGGCUGAGGGGACUAUGCGUGUUAGGGGCGAUCCUUCCGGAAGACCUUGGUUUCCUUUUGACGCACAAUACGACCCGGGACCCCCUCCGCCCCCACGAGAGCAUACCUCGACAUCGGCCAGAGAAGGCGCAGUAGGUGCAGCGGCGGGAAAAGGCAAGGCAACAGAAAAAGACGGGCGUCGAGUGAAGUGA